AUACUCAAGAUCCCUUCCCUCUACAGAUGCGCGUGAUCGUCCUAACGCUGAUGGUGGCGGCGGCGGCGUCAGCUUGCCGUUACUACUGCAAGACUCCCGACGAUGAGGCUUACUGCUGCGACGGCGGGAAAGAGUACAGAAAUCCCGAAGUUCACGACGGCGACUGCCCUGAGGUUCGCCCCGUCUGCCCGCGCUUCGGCAAAAACCCGCCCGAUGUGUGCCCUCACGACGGCGCCUGCCCACACCACUCCAAGUGCUGCUACGAUGUCUGCCUGGGCCACCACACCUGCAAGCUGGCUGUCUUCCCCUCAUACACCGUGAUCCCCACGAUCACCCCCCCGACCGCAAAGCCUCCAUUCAACAUUGCAAUCUACGCGAGAAAUAAGGCGAAUCGAGGAGGAAAAGCUUAGGCGCGCUUUGUUGUUGUUUGUGUAUGUGUUUGCAAAUGAUUUUUAUUUGAUAGAAAUACAGAAAAACCCUAUA